AUGUCGUCAUUCCUCCGUUGGUACAAUGCGAAGUUGGCAGCUAAGCCACUUCUCACACAGAGUGUGACGACCGCAGUUCUGUUCGCCACUGGAGACAUAACUGCCCAGCAGGCCGUUGAGCAGCGAGGUCUGAAGAAGCAUGACCUUGCCCGCACCGGUCGCAUGGCCCUCUACGGUGGCGUCGUGUUUGGCCCUGUCGUGACCACAUGGAUCAAUUUCCUUGCCCGCAGAGUGAAUAUCGCUGGACGACCACGCCUCGAGACUCUCGCACGCGUUGGGUGUGACCAGGGUGCCUUUGCUCCUGUCAUGAUCGGUGUCUUCCUGAGCAGCAUGGCAACCAUGGAAGGCGCAAGCGCCAAGGAGCGGUUGGAGAAGACCUGGUGGACGGCGCUGAAGACGAACUGGUUGGUCUGGCCCUUCGUUCAGAUGAUCAACUUCACAUUCAUGCCCCUGCAGCAUCGUGUCUUGUUCGCCAAUGUCAUUUCCAUCGGCUGGAACAGUUACCUCAGCUGGGUGAACAGCGUGGAGUAG